CUAUGAAUCCCACAGUGACAGAUGCAGAUGUUUUUAAAGUGCUUGACAAGAUUUCAGACUAUGAACAGCUGCUCAUUGAAUUGUGUGCUGUCAUUCAAGAUGGACAUAUCCUACUAUCGAGAGCACAAUAUGAUUCAGGUUGCAGUUCGAUGAACUCCACAUAUCUACCAGAACCAGGAGUACACGAGAUUACUCCCACCUCAUUCCUUGAUGUAACUGAAAAUGAGAGGUUUUCAUUGGUCACAACUAAACCAGAUCCCAAGUCAGGAAUUAGGAAAAGGAAGAAAGUUGGUAAAGAAUGUGAGAAGGAGAAGACAGAAGAGACCUCUAAAGAACCUGAAGAAGAGAAAGAUCCAGGUCCAGUGAAACUAGCAGAUGACCCCCUCAACUGGUUUGGUCUGAUGGUACCAACAUCACUUGUACAAGCACAGACUAGAUUCAAAUCAGCUAUUGAACGAAUUGUUGAGAUUUCUAAUUUGAAACAAGAACUUACGGAAAGUUUGACUGAAUUCGAAUCUUUGUCAGACAAUUUCCAGAAGAAAUGUACAGUUGAAACUAACGAGGAUUGAGCAGAUUUCAAAUACUUUCUUCAGAAACCUAAAAUAAAGUGAUUGUCAAGUUCAGUAUAACAACACAGCUUAUUACAUCUGUUGGGUGAUUUAAAAGCUAUGUCGGCUAGCUUUAACGGUUUAUGAACAUUGACAGUACCUGUUAACAGCGUUAAUAUUGUCAGUAGUUUUAUAUUGUUAUACGAAUAUCUCAAUGAGAAGUAUAUUGUUGUAUGUUGA